AAGCCAGGUAGACGGUUGUCUUUCUCGGCGACCUGGUCGCUGUCUAGCGGGACGUGCCAUCAAAGACCAACACCUCAUCAGGCCGCCAAAGACCGCAGACAAUACGGCCUAACCAUCAACCACUGGUGUUGAGGUUCAAGCUUCCUAUGGCACGCUCACCGCCAUCCUUUUGCAACCGAGAGAGCGUACCGAUGCUUGUUGUUAACAGAAGAGCAUCACACCCACGGAGUCGACCACGUCUCCGAGACCAACCGCAUAGCCAGAGCACAGGGCCUAACACCUAUCGACACCCACACACACACCCACACAUAUCCGUACAUCCACACAUACAUCACGUAAGUACCCCCGCUGCAAUCCUCCAGCUUUCAGGCAAUGGGAAGCUCUUCAGCAAACACGGCCUCCCUCCAUCCCUUGUUUUCUGCUUACCCACCCCCCUCCCCUGUCGUGGGUAGGAACCAUCGCUUGAAGGAGGGGUUGCAAGGACGAUCCUCACUCGUCACACGCGGAGCUAUAAUCGAACUGCGACAAUUUCCAAGUCCCAGGGAUCCGGUCGUCGGCUUGAGCUUUGAGCAGCCGCGGUAGGUGGGAAGUCAAGUUGGGCCAGAGAGGCAUCACAACCUGUGCCUUGCUGGCUUUCGCGACACCCGCCAACUGUACUUGCUGAGCUCUCCCGAUAACAUGGACUCGGGUUCUUAUCUUUGUGGUUGGGUUCACUAACGACCUGGCCCUGGGGCGAAUAGAGGAAGGAAAUGGCUGAAGUACG